CAAGAGCGAAAAACUAAAGUGCGUGGAACAGCAUAAUAUUGUUAAUUAAAAAUCAACGUGAAAUACACUGCACAUUUGCGGCGGAUUGCAAAUUACACGUUGAUCGUUGAUUUUGCAAACGACACAAAUUCAAUACCUUUGAAACGUUUUAAUUUUUUCUUGUGCUUCAAUAUUAAAUUUUGCACGAGCAUACACAUACGACCGACGGACGAGCAAAGCCAGAACGACGACGCGCAAACGAAACGAAGCCAAAAGCAAUCGGCGAGGCAAAAAAAAUUUUUUUUGUGGAAAAGAAUCUUAACUAAAGAAGCGCAUGGUUGUGUGUGGUGCAGCAGCACUAACAGCAAACGUAAGCGAGAAAUUAAAACCCAAUUGUGAAAUUUAGCAACUACCAAGGAGUGCGCGCAUACACCAAAUACGUACACCACCUGGAGCAGAAAAAAAACGGCGGUCAGCAAACGACGACUGGCAAUAGGAGAACACACCAAGAACCAACGCGACAAAAAAAAUAAAACGUAAAACGUUGACAGGUGACGUAUAGUACGCGUUAGUAGGUUCUUCAUCAUAAGUUGGGCUGUGGAGAGAAGCACACAAAACUAUGAACAAAAUGCCAAAAUUCGAGGAUGUGCUUACCAUUGAGCCGGAACAUGAGUUGCGUUUUGUCGGUCCGUUCCACCGACCCGUCGUCACAAUCAUGACUCUGAGAAACAACGCAGCUUUGCCAUUGGUUUUCAAGAUCAAAACCACCGCACCCAAGCGCUAUUGUGUACGUCCAAACAUUGGCAAGAUUACGCCAUAUAAAUCGACCCAGGUGGAAAUUUGUCUGCAGCCCUUCAUGCACGAUAUGGUGGAGAAGAAUAAGCAUAAGUUCAUGGUGCAGAGCGUUCUGGCCCCUGAUGAUGCCGACUUGACCGAUUUGAAUAAAUUG